AUGACCGACUUCUGGAUCCACCUUGACGGCUGCGAGAAACUGCUGUCGGUAGUGAAGCAGAAUUCUGCUCUCCAAUCGCCAGGAACAGAUCAGCUAUUAACGAUCUCCGCGUUCAUGAGCACUCUAUCGCGCUCCACAGACCCAUACCUACCCCCGAAUCCAUGGAAAGAGUGCCCACCAGUGACGAUAGACGAGGUAUUCGCGAAAUCUCCCUUCUUUUCCGAUAACCACAGUCUGGAAUUCACAUACGGUAUCACCGCCACCCUGGCCAGCUUUAUGGACCUCACGAUAUCACUAUCACAGCACCUGCGCUACUACACCACCAACCGCCUCCCCAUUCCCGACUCACUCGAGCAAGCACUCUCGACAACCCACAACGCUUUGACAUCCUGGUCCAUCACAGACGAACCCUUAACUUCUGUUCCAGAAAACGACACAGAAACGCUCUGCCUACUGCGCUGCCACAUCCUGGCCUUCCACGCCGCACUCGUCAUAUACUUUUACACUUCAACGAACUGGGCUACUAUCCCCUCUUCAACGGUUGUCUCGAAGCACUACAGCCACAUCUGCGUAACGAACCUCCUCGCAGCUGAAUCCUUAAAAUCCUCCGUCAGCGCCCGCAGCGGCUGGAACGCCAUGGCCCCGAUCGUCUGGCCGGGAUUCAUUGCGGCUUGCGAGGCGGGUAUUGAGGAGCGCCCGCUGUGGAGGGCCUGGUGGGUUAAUGUGCAGCGGUAUUGUAUUGGGAGUAUCGCGAUAUUAUGGGACGUUGUCCAGGAGGUAUGGCGGGAUUCGGAUUGGGGCGCUGAGGCGGAUGGACCCCGGUGGAUGGCGGUUUUGAGGCGCGGUGGGAGGAGGGUUAUGAGUGGGGGAUAA